AUGGACUCGGAGGAGGACGAGGAUGCUGACUGGUUCUGUGUGCUGCAACCAGUGGCCGUGCGUGCGGCACCGCGUGAGAGUGCUGCCCGGCGUGGUUCGCUGGUGCCGGGACAGAGGAUACAGGUGCGGCCUGGACGAAAGCAGGAUGCAGAUGGCAAAUUCUGGAUCAGGCUCACGCUGCUGGAGCUCUGGAGAUCUUGCCGAGCCACUUCCAGAAGUGCUCGAGGCUUCGUGCCUCUGGCAGAUCAAGGCUUUCCGGUUCUGCGCGGUCCCCUGGCGACCAGCGAGUGCCCUCUGGACUCGGAGCAGUUGGUCGGCUUCCUUCGCUGGUGGCCGUUGGACCCGUUGCCGCCCAUGCAACCUGCCACGUUUGGCGGUUCGUGGCUUUGCCACUGGGAGACAGCUGCCGGGCAGGACAACAUCAAGGCAAGAUGGCUUUCGCCUGGCGAGCUCCAGUUGGUCGGCCCAGCAGGGACGAAGGCAGGCGAGGUGUGCGGCUGGUUGGAGGAAGAUAUCGGCUUUGGGGCAGACUUCUCUGUGGUCUUGAUCCAGGAGACCACUGAGACCACACUCUUCGGUGCUUCAGAUUCAAAAAACACAAAGCAGACAGCUUCCGCACGGCCAAUGUCUCCCAUGGCAGCUGUGCUGGCGGACGAGGAGCAUGCUGGCUCCCAAAAGGAGGGCUACGCAAACACGGCUCCAGUUGAUCCAGGCAUUCCGCGCAUGACGCCAGAAGUACUGGUGAAAUCUUGUAUGGAUAACCGCGGCUACGAGACGCCAGAGCUCAACGAAGUUCUGAUUCUCCACUACAAGGGCUUCCGCAAAAUCGAAGGCUUGGAGGCUUACUGGAAUGUGCGAUCGCUUUUCCUCGAAUGCAACGGCAUCAGAAAGCUUGAGAAUUUGGAAUGCAUGCCAGAACUGGUCUCGUUGUAUAUUCAGUCCAACUGCAUCGCUGAAAUCGAGGGCCUUGACACUUUGCAGAAUCUGCAAUACCUCAACCUCUCGCAUAACAGCCUUAGCCGAGUGCAGGGAUUAGAAAACCUGCACCGGCUGGAAACCUUGAAUCUUUCUGCCAACAAGUUGGAGGACGUCGCUGCACUAGCUGGGCUCGCGGAGCGGCCAACGCUGAAGAGCGUGGACGUGAGCUGCAACUACUUCGAGGAUGGCGAGCCUCUCCUUGCCUUCUGGAGCGAGCAUCUGCCACAGGUGGAAUGUGUGUACAUACAUCACAACCCUUGCUCGAGGGCACUCAAGGACGCCAGAAGGCGCUUGGUGUCCACGCUGCCAAAGCUUCGCUGGAUCGACGAGCGUCCCGUCACCGCCAUGGAGAGGGCCGGCUGCGAAGCCUGGGCCCAGGGAGGAAAGGACGCAGAGCUUAUUGCCAAGCAGGACUUUUGGCGAAAGGAGAAGGAAGAGAAGGAACGCAGCUUCGAGAACUUUCGGCGCGUCCAGAAGGCUUACUCCGAGCGCGCCAAGGCGCAGCGGCAGGCUGAAGAGGCACGCAGCGCGGCGCGCCAGCAGGCCACAGCCGACAUGGAGAAGACAGGCGUAUUGGCCGAGGGCUAUGUUCUCAUGCCGGACAAGACAAGACCCACCGCAGCACCGGCUGGAGGAUAUCCGUCUCACUCGGAGCAGAACAAGGAGGUCCUUGCAAAAGUCCAGGCGAUCUUGAUGAGCCGCAAGGAGCAGGCAGCAAGGGAUGCUGAGACGGUGACGGUGGAGGUGCAUGGCAGCGAUGGUCUGCCAGAGGAUGUGCCGAAGUCUGCUACCAGCACGAGCAAGACCGUGACGAAGCCGUCUGUGAUCAUGCAUGAGCCCGAGGGGCCCAAGGACGAAGAAUCCCAGCAAGAGUCCAAGGAGAACGGGAAUCCGCAGCAAAGCCCAGCUGAGGCCACAAACUGUGAGCCCAUUGAAGUGGAGAAGUCGCAGAAGAAGGAGCCACAGCUCGUCUCGCAGCCGUUCUGUGCCAUCUCGCAACGGCGGCCUCGCUUGUGCCUGGCAAGAGAGGGCCCGCUGCGCGAUCUCCUGGGCUGGGCGCCGGAGGGCGCUCGACCUGCACGCUGUGCCUUCGAUGAAGAGAGCCAGGUCUCUGAGCAAGUGCUCGCCAACUUCGAGGCCCUGAGCCAGCUGAUGGAGGCCGUUUGCCUUCCAGAGCACUUGGCUCCGGGCAUGGUCUUCACCGUGACUCCUGGGGAGCUUCCACUGGCAGAGGUGGUCUCCGAGGCGUUCGGCCUCAAUGCCGCAGAGAGGCAGAAAUGCCGACUGCUCGCUUGCAAUGCGCCUUCGUUUGACUGGGCGGAGGAGGACACGAUUGGGCACAGAUGCAGCGUGCUGAGCGAGAAGGCAGGAGCUGCCCUUCGAGCCGGUCCUGGGUCUGAGAGGCGCCGCGCGGAUGCUGGGGCGCUGCUCGCUGGCUUUGGGUCCCUCUACACCUUUGAGGUGGAGAUCGCCCGAGUUGGCUGUCCGGUCCUGUAUUGUGCUCGCAGCGAAGCUCUUGGGAAGCCAGUGCUUGGCAUUGCCGCAGUGCGGCGCUGCCGUCGACCCCGUGACCCUGACCCAGACGAGCCACCGCCCCUGGCGCCGGGGAUGGCAAUCUCUUUGCUGCGAGGCUUUGGAGGAGACUCAUCCCUGAUCUCAGCAAGCCGCAGCUGGACGGUCCGGGAGCUGAAAGAAGUGAUCAAGAGAGACAGCGGCAUCCCGGAACACCAGCAGAGGCUGGUCCUUGCCUCCUCGCAAGAUGCUGUGGAGGAUCACCAGGUACUCGGAGAACUGUCGCCAGAGGCUGAGCUUACGCUGCAGCUGCUCUGCUUGGAGCCGUGCUGGGCAGCUGCCAGGCAGUGUCUGGACGAGGAGCCAGAGGCAUGGGAGGACUUGGAGGAGGAUCUCCAGCGCGACCGUGCCUUGGUGUUGCUGACCGUCUCGCAGCGCCCAGCUUUGCUUCGCGGCAGUGGCUUCACAGGAGACGCAGAAGUGGUUCUGGCGGCCGCGAGAAAGGAUCCAGCUAUGUUGGAUGCCGCUGAGUACCGUCUAUGGCUUGACGACUCUUUUGCAGAAGCUGCCUCUGUCCAUGGAGCUGCCGCUCUGAGAAGUGCUCGGGCAGCACUGCUUGCGCUGUCCGGCGAGGACAGCGAGCCAGGCCCAGUCGCUCAGCAGCUUGCGGCAAAGCACCGUGAGCUGGCGAAAGCAGCACUCCGGAAGGACGGCCGGGCCCUGGAAGCCUUGGACACAGAGCUCCGGACAGACUCCGAGCUGGUUCACAUCGCCAUGGAGAACGAUGCCAGAGCACUGCAGUUCGCAGCAGAGGAAUUGCGAGAUGACGCUGAGUUGGUCCUUGCAGCAGUGCGCCGGCGUGGCCAGGUGCUGCGCUGGGCCUCCGAAAGGCUGCGAGGGGAGAGGCAUGUCGCGCUGACGGCCAUUGAGCAGGACCCACGCGCCGUGAUGUUCGUCUCAGAGGAUUUGGCUCGGGACAAAGAGGUACUGCUGGCGGCCAUGUCCAAAGACCCCAGCCUUGCCGUCCACCUGGCCAAUGUCGCCAGAGGGACCGGGGGGUCAGAAAAAGCACCGGCAGAGCUCAAACUUCCAGAAGAUUCGUGGCUUCCUCCGCCUUCGAGCAGCUCCUGGGUUUCAGCACUGCCUGCAGGAUCGCCUGAGCACUUCCCAAGCGACCGCCGGCGUGCAAAAACGAUUAGCUCUGAUUUCGGACUAUAG